AUGGCGACCAGCACCACCAAGACUGGUCAGCCCCUUGACCGAAGUGCACUCGAACCCGUUUUGCGUCGAAGGAUGUUCUACACUCCUUCCUUUGAGAUAUACGGCGGAGAGCGUGGUCUCUAUGACUACGGACCGCCCGGCUGCGCUCUUCAAGCCAAUGUGGUGGAUAUAUGGAGAAAACACUUCGUCCUUGAAGAAGACAUGCUCGAGGUCGACUGCACCAUGCUGACACCCGAAGCUGUCCUCAAGACCAGCGGCCACGUGGAUAAGUUUGCGGACUGGAUGUGCAAAGAUCCUAAGAGCGGGGAGAUUUUCCGGGCAGAUCACUUGGUCGAGCAGGUCCUCGAGGCCAGGCUGAAGGCGGACAAGGACGCUCGUGGCCAGAAGGUCGAGGUCGACGAGGCAAAAGAAGCAAAGAAGAAGAAGAAGGUCAAGGAUGCAAAGAUCGAGAAGCUCGACGAUGCCGUCGUCCAGGAAUACGAAGAGACUCUGGCAAAGAUCGACAACUAUGGAGGCGACGAGCUCGGCGAGCUGAUCAAGAAAUUCAAUAUCAAGGGCCCUACGACUGGCGCAGAUUUGGACCCUCCUAGAGCAUUCAACCUGAUGUUCCAAACUCAGAUUGGCCCCAGUGCUGAGAGACCCAAUGGCUACCUCCGCCCAGAGACCGCUCAGGGACAGUUCUUGAACUUUCAGAAGCUGCUCGAGUUCAACCAACAAUCCAUGCCAUUUGCCUCGGCUUCCAUUGGAAAGUCCUUCCGAAAUGAGAUCUCCCCACGAUCUGGACUACUACGGGUUCGAGAAUUCCUGAUGGCCGAGAUUGAACACUUUGUCGAUCCCGAGGGUGGGAAGCAACACCACCGAUUCGAAGACGUGAAGGAUGUCAAAUUGACUCUUCUGAACCGAAAGACUCAGCUUUCAGGCCGCACUACGCCUGACGUCCUGACGAUCGGCGAGGCUGUGUCCACCGGAAUCGUGGACAAUGAGACCCUUGGAUAUUUCAUGGUCCGGAUCCAAGACUUUUUGCUGAAGAUUGGCAUUGACCACUCGAAAUUGCGAUUCAGACAGCACAUGGCGAACGAGAUGGCCCAUUAUGCAGCGGACUGUUGGGAUGCCGAACUCUUUACCACUUACGGAUGGAUUGAAUGUGUUGGAUGUGCGGAUCGGAGCGCCUACGAUUUGACUGUGCACGCGAACAAGACCGGAGCAUCGCUGGUUGUCCGCGAAACCCGGCCGGAGCCGCUAGUGAUCGAAGAGUUUCAGAUCGACUUGGAACGCAAGAAGUUGGGACCUAAGUUCCGCAAGGAUGCAAAGGCUGUGGAAGCUGCCGUGGAUGCGCUGUCCCAGGAGCUACGUGAGAAGUUGUCGCUUGAGCUCGAAAAGAGCGGCAAGAUUGAAGUCCAGACACCAGGGAUCGGAAGUGGUACAACAGAACUCGACAAGGACCUGAUCAAGAUUGAGAAGAGAAAGCGAACGGAGUACACCCGUGAGUACACCCCCAAUGUCAUCGAGCCGUCGUUCGGCAUUGGCCGGAUUCUGUACAGUUUGAUGGAGCACGUCUACUGGACUCGCGAAGGUGACGGAGCCCGGGCCGUGCUGUCUUUCCCUCCGGCCAUCGCGCCUACGAAGGUGUUGUUGGUGCCGCUAUCCAGCCACCAAGACUUCAAGCCGUUCAUCAGGAAGUUGACUGCUCGGCUGCGCCGGGUUGGCGUGUCCAACAAGGUCGACGACUCUUCUGCGAGUAUUGGUAAACGGUACGCGCGCAACGACGAAUUGGGCACGCCUUUCGGAAUCACCAUCGACUUCCAGACUGUCAAGGAUGGCUCGCUGACGCUUCGGGAACGAGACUCGACGAAGCAAGUGCGCGCCAGUGAAGACGACAUCAUCGCCGCUGUCAAGGCUUUGGUAGAUGGAGAGGAGAGCUGGGAUGAUGUUUCCAAGAGACUGCCUAUCUUUGAGGGACAAGAACUUGACUAG